UGGACCGGUGGCAGUGAUUCGUACUUCCUCCAUCAUUGCGGAGUUGCACGUAUUUCGUGAUUUGUUACAUUCAGUGUCUCAUCGCUUCGCUGAAAAACUGUUAUAACCGUCUCGGAUAAUGUGGGUUCAUCCUGUUGAAGAAAUACUGCACAUUCCUCCAAUUGCAGCUUAGGAUGUUUGUCAUGAAUCUUCUGGAACCAAAGUCUUGAUAACAUCGCCUACCAUGUUAACACCGAUGCUUGCACUUCUUUCUUUGCUAACGAUACACCAAAUAAGCAAAUGUGCUGCGCAGGUUUUGAUUACUAGGACUGAGCCCCUCAGCUAUGUACCAGGAGUACAUGAAGUAUACAGUGGAGAUGGCAAAAAUAAAGACCAUAAGAAAGAAUCUUCUACUAUUAACACAAGCAGCAAAUUUAUUACAACAUCGUCUAUUACAGAAGAGAAUAGUUUGGAAAACGCUUUCUCAACCAGUACCUUAAGGGAGGGAAUGCAUGCCAUGUCAUCGACUGUUGUAAGAGUCACAGGUGUAGACAUCACAUCAUCAGCUGACCUCCGAGAACUUGGUUUGAAAUAUAUACCAUCUAUUCUUCUAGCAGAAGCACGACUGCACACCACAGCUGCUCUAGGAGAGAAGACUCGGACCAUUUCAACUAUCAGCUUCGGAAAUGGACUACAGACAUUAUCUAUACAAAGCUCAAGAAACCAGACGCCGUGGGUUUCAUCCACACAAAGUUUGGGAUACCAGACAUCGAGGGUGUCGCCCACACAAAGCUUAGGAUACCAGACAUCGCGGGCGCCAUCCUCACAAAGCUUAGGAUAUCAGACAUCGAGGGUGUCAUCCACGCAAAGCUUAGGAAAUCAGACUCAGAAAUUCUCAGCUACACAAAGCUUAAGAAGCCAGACACCAAAAAACUCAGCAGCACAAAGCUUAGAUGUGCCGACACUGAAGGUCCCAUCACCGCAAAACUUCGGAAAUCAGACACUGACGACUGACCGCAGCAGAUCAGCACCUCGAGAUAAUGAACAGUUUAAACCAAAUUUGAUUUCGGAACAAUCUGCAACAUCUUCGGAAAACUCAAUGAAUGUUCUAAGCGCCAUUCUGAGUCCCUUUCUAGGACCUAGAAACGACCCAAAGGCACAAACAGACACGUCCAGGGAAUUAAAAAAUACAACAGAAGUUCAGAAUAGCAACGAGUCAGAAGGUUCUUUAACUUCUGAGGCCAGUUACUUUGGGUACUCUGUGGGUUCCGUCAUGAAUAGUAAUAACAAUAUCCCACAAAAUAACGAUUCAAACUGUGGUCAUGACAACGAAGCGUCUCAAUGCGACACAGAUGACGAAAAUGUAAUGAAGUCAUCAACAGUCGAUGAGCGUUAUGUUUUCACGGGAAGUUCAGAAAGCACAACGGCAAGCUUUCCUUAUCUACCUGACACAAACAAUUCUAGGCCAGAAUCCAAAAAUAAUACCGAAUCUAUCAAAGUUCCAUUUUGCUGUUUCGACAGACAAAUAAAAAAUCACUGCUCUCACUUUCGACAACAGAACCUUGCACUGCCAGUUGCCGAGGAUCACUGCAAACACCCUACGCUAAAGAAUGUUUCAGUAACACCAAGAAGAACGCUCAAUUGCUCAACGAACAACCGAAUCAAGAUCUCCCUUAACACAGAGAACAAAGUCAUAUCAUCUUCUGCAGAAAUGGCACUGUUCGGUUUCAAUCACUGGUUCAUUUCGGAAUUUUGCGUCGAGGCGGACCCCGAUGUUGCGAAUCAGUGGUGGGCCGUCGUCUGCGCCUUGGACGUUGAUCAAGAACAGGAAGACACUUGUCCUGAAAACAAAUGCUUCCAGAAAUGUUGCCCAGCUGGCCACGCGUUGAAAAAUGAUUCGUGUGUUUGUCAUGUGGGCAAGUCCAUACUCUCCGAAAUCGCUGAUGCCCCGCUCGCAAAUGCCUCUGGGAGGCACCACGGUUUCCAAUUUUCAAGAUUCGGAAUGCCUCGUUGCAAAGAACCGACCGUGUCCUAUCUUCUUGAACUGAUUGGGGGAAAGAAGGAUUUAGAUGCGGCGAGGAGAAAUAUUAUACGAGAACAAUCACCAUCACGACAAUGGCCUUGUAUAGAUGACUCUUUGGAUGAACUGGAAAAUGUCACUCGUCUAGUCAUGAUAAGUUGCAGAGAACCAAAAGACGGAACAUGGAAGACCUUACGGAACGUGCUCAUCCCGGCCGGCCUGAUUGUGUCGUGCGUGUUUCUGCUUUGCACGUUGACGUGCCAUCUAUGCGUGGCACCUCUGAGGGACUUACACGGCCUGUGUCUGGCAGCGUACAUGGGAGCCCUGUUGGUCGGCGAUGCGUCUCUCUUCACAAUUAAGAUGUAUUCAAGUGUCCUGAGCGAGACUGCAUGUUUAGCCAUGGGUACGAUCAUCCACGUAUCUUUUCUCUCGACGUUCAUGUGGCUCAAUGUUGUCUGCAUCGAUAUCUGGAAUUAUGUAGGGCAGACGGUGCAGGCUGUUCCCUUGUACCGAAACCCCAGCAACCUUCGGUGGUUUAUCGUUUACGGCCUCUAUGCCUGGGGUUGUCCAAUUAUCUUCGGCGGCGUGAUUGGCGGACUGCAGGCCAAUCCGGCCAAUCACAACCUGUCUUUCCUCCCGGACUUUGCCGGCAACAGUUGUUGGUUCAACGGUGACGACUUCUGGGAGACCUUGCUCUUCUUUUACGGCCCCAUAGGAAUCAUGUUCAUAGUGAAUGCCUACUUCAUCGUCCACACGGGUAUGCGGCUCUACUGCCUCCACUACUGUUGUUGCUUCCGCUCUCUCUCCUGCUGCUACAUCCCGUCGCCUUACAACUCCCAUCAACAGCCACCGCUCCAUAGGACAUAUCUCAACGAAUUCUGGGAAAGGUUCUCGCUUUUUGCGCUCCUGGUAUUCUGCUGGGGAACAGAGUUCAUUUCCUGGCUCUCGGGAUCUGGUGACUCGGAAAUCUGGGGACUGACAGACACCAUAAACGCGUUUCAAGGAUUCUUCAUCUUCCUCAUCUUUCUUAGGAGCACAAAGAAACGGCGACUCUUGAAAAGCAGCAUCGACAAAUGGCUGAACAAUUUCAGCAAAAGACGUUUGGCCUUUUGCAAGAGGAUGUCCUUCCCUCAGUCCAUGCCUGUCAGACACCUCGUAGCUAACCUGAGAAAGACAGUGGCUGCAAAGAAGCCCCUCACCAGUGGCAUCCUCAAAGAUACACUGACAGAAACUACCAGUAUUGACAAUAUCAUCUGCGACGAGGUCACCAAAAGCUGCGACUCGAAACCUGAAGAUGACGUAGGUAACCCUGAGGUCACACUCCAGAAUCCUAGCCAAGUGUGGACAGUAAUUCCACAAUGGAAAUCUCUUAAAUCAAGAUCCUACUUCCUACACAACGUCAGCGCGGGACAUUCGAAUGACAGUUCAAACAGGACAUUUGAGAAUCUGGGUGACUUACAAAAUAUUUAUUUGCCCCGUGAGGGAGAAGAACGGAAUUUGGAAAACCACUCGGACAGAAAAUCGAGCUGCGAGAGAAACUCUUUCGACGGGUGGACUUUAAUGAAGGCCAGGACGGGAUCAGUCUCUCUGAAAGACGGCAGACAUUGCUGGGAUGCCAAAGGUGACGUUGUAUGCCAAGCCCUGACAAAGAAAGAUUCAAAAUAAUAAUGAAAUUUAACACGUGUUAAUUAACGCGCACAGAAUAGAUAGUACAACAAUAAAUUAACCCUCUUAUUUUUGCCUUGCACUUCAUAAUUACUGGGAGUGAAUCGUUCACUUACCAAGCCUGCUCACCAACGAGCAUUGUGCGACCUGUACAACCAGAAUAAACCAGGGAGGAUAAUACGAAUCAGUUGGUAAUGAAGUUCUUUGAGGAAUAUGUAAUUUACUGCCUGAAUGACGAAGUUCUUAUGCUCAUAUUGAGGUCUUUAUACACCAACAUGAGAUCAAGGUUAUAUGUGGAUAUUAUUAUAUCAUUGUAAUAGUUUAACCAGACCACUGAGCUGACUGUGCUUAGAUGAUCUGUAGUAGGCUAAGUCUUGUUUAAAACAAAUAGUUAUUAGUGCAAAAGGAGCCACUUAAGCCCCUUACAGUUUAAAAAUUUUGUUAUGUAAAACAUGUUAUGACUUUCUUCCUCAAAUUGGCUCUUAUGUUAUGUUCAUGUUCAUACUGAUACUACGUACAGUGGUUAUGCUCUUUCUAAUACUGCAAUGGUAAAGCGUAAUCUUUAAUGAACUAUAUGAUGCUUCCGUUCUCAUAAUUAUUAAUAUAUAAUAUGGUGCAGAACCACCUCCAUCCAAAUCGUCUCCAGCGACAUCUUUCAACCUCCUCCGGUUCCCAAACAAACCCCUCCUGUGUUUCUCUCUACGGAAAUUUCACUCCCUUUGAAUCUACCAGGGUCUCCCUCUCUGAAGUAAUCGAACCAUCUCUCACUUUUUCACUCAAUAGAGAGCGCGCCCGUGUGUGUGUGUGUGUGUGUGUGUGUUUAAAGUUAUCGGUAAUACUUCUGACCGCUGCUCGCUUAACGUCCAGUGUUUGUGUAUACCACAAUUUCCUCAGACAGUGAGAGAAAAAAAAGGCUUCAUAUAUUUUUAUUUAUGAAACUAAAAUAGUUCACAUUACAAACGAUAAUAACCCUAAAUUGGGAAUAGGUAUUAGCAUACCUAGUAUAAUAAACAAAAUAAGAUUCUUAAAUAUCUAAAUAACUACAUUUAUCCAGCAUUAAAUACCGUCCAGUUAUGUAUAUAUUCCACGAUUUCAGCUUAAAGACAGAUUUCAUUGAUAGUAUUGUCGUUCCUCUACCAGUGUAGGAGUACUUGUAAUAGUGAUGAGCAAUGAAUUGUUAAGAUAUAACAAUAAUAUUCAUGAAGAAGUGAGCUUGCUCCCUCCCAGUUGCAGGAUAACACUAAAUAUGCAAUGACGAAAUCAGGACCAUCGUUAUCAUUACAAACCUCUGGGGUUCUGGUGCAGUUUCUUAGGUACUUUCUUUUACCAAGAUCAUACGCAACCCCAUGCUCAAGGAAAGCAAUCACAAAAACACUCGAAAUGGAGAUAAACAACCUAAAUCAGCCUUGCGGGUUUAAGUAAAAUACAUACUGCGAAACUGAGCUUAAAGCAAGAGGACAAAAUACCUCCUCGUCGAGCCACAGGGCACCCUAAAGCUAAAUAACUAAACCCUGAUAGAAAUUCAGAGUAGAACAAAUAUUUCAUAAAUCAGGCGGCCAAAACAAUACUAAAUAACAAAAGGUUGAAGGAAGUAAAAGAUAUCAAAACAAGGAAAACCUUAAAUUUACCUAUCUAGCCAUACACAACUAAAGAUAUGAAAUACCGUCCACAAAUACUUUAACAUACAACAAUAAUGAAAACGAUAAACAUAUGAUACGCGCAUAAGUGAAAACUAUCACAAAGUAGAUAUAUAAAGUAUGUACUGCACGUAGACUGACAGUAUCUAAUUCUCACGUCGGGGAUGAAUAACUGAAGCCGGGUCGAACUAAGAGUCCAUAGCGAGCACCAAACUGUUACCAAAGGGAUGGACACGAUCGCCAGGACAACAAGGGCACAAGGCUCCUCGAAGGGAAAUACAACAGCUAUACUGUCUUGGCUGGCGAUUGCCUCCCUACGUUUCUCUCGCCAGCGCUCACACACAUCCCCGAGAAUAGCAGUAGGACGAAGGCAGAAAUGGCGGGUGAAUCCAAAAUCAGUACCGGGACCCAGCGAAGGUACCAAUUUUCCGUGGGCUCCUCCGACGGGAAUAAAGGGUAAUGAGAGAAGUCACAAAUGGUAUACGCCUCUGCGGAACCCCGUAAAGCAGACAUGAAGGUCGCACGUGAAUGAGGCAUCAGCGAACAAGAGCUGUGAUCCAACAGCACCCGAGUCGCAGGUGACCAAGGCACCUACGGACAGUCGUGAGAAAAGAAUCCCACAACGUCGUGUUCAACGUACACUGCCAAAAGGUCGUCCACCAAUAAUCCACCAACAGUCCGAACCUACUCGGAUAGACCAUCAAAGUUCACAGUACACUUACGAACAAUCCACCGUACCUAAAAAAUAAAUGACAAGACAAUCGUUCAAACGAUAGUUCACAGAUAUAAACAAGGGAGGAGGAGGCGCUCAACAACACAAAAACCCUUACAUUAACUAACCAGCAUGCAGCUGCUUAAGCAAAAGAAAUUUAAGGGAAACGAGGCUGAUUUAAACUCGAUAAAUGAUAAAACAAAAGCAAAAACAAAACUACGUUAACGUAAUAGUUAUCAUGGUUCUAGGACGUUUGCGUCCCUAAUCAAAUGUAUUUUUUUUUUACAAAUAAAAAAUGUUUUGAUUUACUUUAUUUCAGUACGCAUUUUAUUUUCAAGAACAUACUUUUCUGCAGUUGCUUGUUAUAGCUCAUUGCAUAUCAACGCAUUUAAUAGCUCUACACUUAUUUUUUUCAACAAUAUACUUUCAAACCAUUGUUUAUUAUAGUUAAUUGAACACCAAUGCAUUCCACAGCUCUAGACAAGCAAAUAGGUGGUUACCAUAACUGUACAUAAACACAUUUAGUAGCUCUAGACAAGCAAAUAGGUAGUGACCAUACAAUUUAAUAAAAGGAAUACAUUCUUUUUCAAAAGCAAACAGAAAAUUAAGCCAGAAAAUUUAGUUAACUCGAGCAGUGCGAACUGCACACAUCUACUACAUCCUAGAUUUUAUAAUUCAAAGAUAUAAGCAAGGCCCAUGGCUAAGUUUAGAAAAUCUAACAAUAGUGGAAAAAUAUUCGUUGACGAGGAAAAUUACAGCUACCACUUCCAUAAGAAAAAUGCAGAUGAAACAAAAACCUACUGGAGAUGUGUACAGCUAUCUUGCAAAGCAAGAAUACAUACAGUGAAUGACUCCGUCAGAACACGAUGUAAUGAGCACAACCAUGGAUCUUCACUGCUAGAGUUAGAGCACAAGAAGUUAUGUCCGAGUGAAAAACUGCUUCAGUUUCAGCAUGCAAACAGCAAGAAGUGUUAGUGGAGCAACGAUCGCUAAGGAAGACCAGUUUACAAUUCUCCAUAUGCCACCUUUAUCAUCAAUGGGAAAAUAUGUACGUCGAUGGAGACAAAAAGCUCAAAAUGGACCACCAAUUCCACAGCAAAGGAAUAAUUUUGAAAUACCGGAAUCCUACUGUUUUCUUGCAACUAGAGAGAAGUUCCUUGCAUUUGAUUCUGGCAUCAACGACGAGAACAGAUACUAAUAUUUUCGAUGGAAGAUGGCUUAAAAGAUUUGGUAAGUUUUCCUAACUGGGCAGCAGAUGGCACCUUUAAAUUUAAGUAAGUCCAUCAAUAUAUUAUCAGCUAUAUUGUAGUAUUCAUAUUCAAGAAGGUACAUUUAGUAUUCCCAGAAUUUCUGCCCUGCUUCCGGGCAAGACAAAGGAAACAUAUGUUAGUCUAUUCACAUAUUUGUUGCAACUCAAACCGCAACUUAAUCCAAGAUAUUUAUUGACAGACUUUGAAAUAGGAGCUGGGAAAGCUUUUGUAGAAAAUUUUCCAGAAGUAACAAUAAGUUCAUGUCUCUUUCAUUUGUCUGUCUAUUUUUAAGAAAAUAUGUGACCUAGGACUAAGACAAUGGUAUAGAGAAGAUGAGGUAUUCAAUUUCAAGAUUAGAUGUUUUUCCGCAUUAGCGUUUCUUCGUUUAAUUGACGUUGUUGAAGGUUUUAUUGAAUUGUCCGAUGACUGUGAUUUGCCACCAGAAUAUACCGCCUAUUUUGAAAUGACAUACAUUGGCCAAGGAAGAGGCCGAAGAGGGAUAAAGGUGAAACCAACUUUUUCUAUCGAGUCUUGGAAUAUUCGAGAAAGAGUUAUAAAUCAGUUGCCUAAGUCUAAUAACAGCUUAGAGGGAUUGCACAAUGCCUUACAAUAUUCUUUAUCGUGUCAGCCUCCCUCUAUUUGGAAACUGAUCGAUACAUUGAAAAAGGAGGAAGCUAUUGCCUUAAAGAAAAAAAAGUGACUUUCAAAGAGGAGUUCCAGUAAGUCAAAAAAAUAAAACAGCAACCAAGAGAAUCACGUCGUUAAUGGAUAAUUACACUCCGGAAAACAAGAUAGAUUUCUUGAAGGGAAUCGCCAACAACAUUCAUAGCUUUUGAGAUGUUUUUGAACUAUAAUGACUUUUAUGAAAAUCUUGAAAUAUUUUCAAUACUUUUAAUUUGC